AAAUGACUUAAGUAUUCUAUGUGGUCUAUACAUUGCGUAUGCACCGUGCAUACUUCAGUUUCGAAGAUGUUGAAAUCAAAUGGACAGUGGGAGUUGUAAAGGCGAACCUCUGAAAAUAUAGCGCUCCAUCUGGUUUGUGGCGUAACAAUUUGGCUAGGGGAUGGCGGAAGAUGGUGAACCGAAUUUAGAGGAGGAAAAUAGACAACUAAAGUCUGAACUACAGGUUUCCAUACAAGAAAGACAUGCAGCAGCGGAAUAUGGCUUAAAGCUCUUAGAAUCAAAUCAACAACUACAAAGUCGACUUGAGGAGCUAAAUAGAAAAUGUGAAGAACUGGACCGAGAACUUAAAAUUGCCCGAAAGAGUUUGGAAGAGCAAAACCUCAUACAGCGCAGGAUGAGUAUUGCUGGUUUUCAAGAAGAAGAUGAUUUAGUGUCUGAGUCGGCUAACAGAGAACGAGGUUUGCGGAACCAGGUGCAUGACUUGGAAGUCGAAUUAAAAGAUGUGAAGCUCAAGUAUGAACGACAAAUGGCAGAAAAUGAUGCACUGCAUCGAAAGAUUUUGGAGCAGCAAUCAUCAAUUGAAGAUAUGGAAAAACAAUCCAGGAAUUUGAAAUGCGAAAUUAAAGAUGCUAAAGCAAAAGAGGUGCAGAUUUUGAAUGAAUAUGAUGAUCUGGAGGCUGAAAAUUUAGAGCUACAGAAAACAAUACUUUCUCUUAAAACUAGUCAGGUUGAAUUCGAAAGUGUCAGACACGAACUGAAACGACUUCAGGAAGAAAAUGAUGUCAUACACGUGCAGUUAGAGGAGAUAACUAGAUUGAAGCGUAUGACAGAAAAGUCAUUGGAAGACGCUUUGGAGUCACUUCAGAUUGAACGCGAUCAGCGACAUAAUCUUCGCAAAGAAUUAGACAGUCGGAUUAUAUCUGAUUCAAUAAGUCACCUUAGUGAUUUGCGCAAUUUAAGCAGCCUGGGUCAUGUCAGUAAACUCGGCCAACUGCCUGAGAAUUCAGAAUGCCAAAAGCCAGAUGCCAGUUUAUCAAACUCGGAGUUUCCUGUUAAUGAUGGUAAGCCUCAAGAAGGAGACAAAAUGGACCCCAAGAUUCCUUCACCAAACGACUUACUAACUGAAUUAAGAACCACAGAAGUAGCUAAAUAUCAGGCAGAAUUAGCUCAUAUGGAAGCUGAGAAAAAUGAACUAACGCGAACUCUUGAAACUACACAGCGGUCUCUGGAAUUAGCCACAAGUGAAGUUUCGAAUAAACAAGAGCGAAUCAAUGGCUUGUUGGCUCAGUUAGAUGCAAUUAUGUCCGUCAAGUCAGAAGCAGAUUCCGAGUUUGAAGCAAAAGAAAUGGAAUUAGAAGUGCAACCAACUGCAAACUCUAGGAAUGCGAUGGGCGAAUCUUGCAUCUCAAUAUCAUCCCACGUUGAUGAAAAUGAAGAUCCGAAUGGAACUUCCCAAACUGAUCUAAAACGUCUACGUAAAGCUCUGCGGUUAAAUGAGAAUCGAUAUUCAGUAGCGCUGCGUCAAAUAGCCAGUAUGCAACAUGACCUCUGGCGGUAUCAUGAGAGGGAAAAACUAGACUCUAGACCUGAACUAGCUUCAGAAGAAGGUUUAAAACAAGAAUUGGUUCGAUUGCAGGGUGUUCUGGAACAGCGCAGCGAUGAAGUAAAAGCAUUACAAACGAAACUAUCCGCAAGUGAAGCAGUUUCUUGUACAAAUUAUAAUAAGGUCUGUUCCAUCAGUGAUACUUAUAAACAGUGCUUAACUAUCCUUGUUGGAAUAUACGGGUUUGUUUGCUCAGUCAUCAAAGUGUUGCCGCACAAACAGGUGGUUUAUGUGGCAGAUCGUUUCAGCAUACCUCUUCGAGUGGAUAGAGAUUCAUCUGAUAAUUCAGUUGGUUCUGAUCUAGUGACAACAGAUGAACCUACUGAUGAACAACUAACCCAAGAAUGCCCAACUAAGACAUCCGAAAUUACACCUGGUUCCGAUUUUGAGGGGUUAUCAGAAGAAGCUGAUUUACAUCUCACUGUCGUCACUCAGUUGCGUCAUCUAGUUAACACAUUUAAUGAGAAGUAUUCUCAGAUGUCAAAUCAGGUAUCUGGACGCAGUAGUUUGGAUAUUGAAGAAACUCAACAACAAAACUUACGUUUAAAGAGUCUGUUGGAAACAAAACGUGAACAAGUGCAUGCAUUACGCAACAUGUUGAAAACGAAUAAGACUACAGCGGAAACUGCUUUAGCUAAUUUAAAACAAAAAUAUGAAAAAGAGAAAAUUAAUGUUACAUCAACAAUGCAACAACUUCGUAAUGAAUUAAAAACACUUAAAGAGGAUGCUGCAGUCUAUGCAUCUUUACGCGCUGUCUUCGCUCAACGUUAUGAUGAAUACAUGACACAAAUGGAUGAAAUGCAAAGAAAACUAAGCGUGGCUGAAGAAGAAAAAAGAACCGUAAACACCUUACUACGCUUGGCUAUUCAGCAAAAACUAGCACUUACUCAACGAUUGGAAGAAAUGGAAGUAGCUCAUUAUCAGAAACAAACCUGUGACUUUCGCUCCGUUCCACCCCAUCAAGGUUAUCAUACUAGCCCAGUUCAACCUCCAUCCAACUCCCUUUUAUCCGGUCCAAAUCAUCAACAUCCUUAUUCCACACCUAUUCAUAAUCAGAGACAUUCAUCUCCACAGAACUUUUCACAAAUUGAUCUGCCAACAGCUCGAUCAUCUACACUUCCUGUAACUUACUAUUCCGGUACAAGUCCACAACAUGGAAGUAUGUCAUCCAAUGGUAGUGGUGCUAGGCUUUCAGGUCCUGGAUCUGACAGAAACAAGAGAAAUUCUCGUUGCAGACGCGAUGGUGUGACGUGAAGAUGUUCAUUUCGCAAAUCUUUGAUGCAAUAGUUUUUAUCACUUCCACUUUUGUUCACAUCUGAAAGCCUGUAGCUCUCAAUCGUUUUGUGUUUUGUGUUUUUUUCAUUUCUUAUCAAUCAAGACACUCUCAUUGAUCGCUUUUUACAUCUUUCAACGUAUAUCUAUGCAUCUGUGCACGUGUGUGUGUAUGCUUCGCAUAUUCGGAACUUCAGUAUUGUAAUUAUUUAGAGUUCCAAAUAAAAAUGGUUCAUGACGUGCUUAGGAUACAAAAAUUCCCACCUCAUUAAAUUCAGUUAGUUUAUUUCAAUUUCAAUUAUCAUUACUCUACACAAGUGCAAUAUGACUUUUUGUUUUGUGUUUCAAACCUCUUCUGAAGUGGUGCGUCUUCUUUCAAUUCCUUUAUGAUAUCAUUCUGUUUUUCUGUCUCUCUGUUUCUCUCCAAAACUUUUAUACUGUCCUAUGAUGAUUUGUCCAUGCUGACGUUUAUAAUAUGCCAGUAAACUAAUAGUUUUUGCACUUCUAUUAUUCCUCUAGUUUCAAAAUCAAACUUUAAUAUAUGCACAUUUUUAUUUGUUAACAAACCACCAAAUCUACCAUGUAGAAUUUCUCUCUCUCUCUUAUUUUUUCUCUUUCUUCAGUAGUAUAUCAACUGAUAUAAAGUUUUACUUGUUCUUCAUCAAAAUGACCACUACAACAACAACACUACUACUACUGUACCUUGUUUCAUUUCCUUUGUUAUACUUUUAUCAUUAUUCACAUACAAAAAAAACGCUAUAAUAUAUGCGCCGCAUUCUUUAUUCAUACUAACUAAUUGUACAUGUUUACCUUCUUGUACUUCUUUUCCUUUCACAAAGUUAUUCACUCAGUUGCUUUUUUUAAAAAAGAAAAUUUUAUUGAAAUAUUCAUUUGAAGUCAGUUUUAUCUUUCUUUUAAUAUCCGUUAUUAUAUAUAUAUUAUUCUCUAGGUUGUAUGGAAGUACUACGAAUAAUUUUAUUCGCCUUUUUGAUAUUUGAAUGAACAUUCUUGAUCUGAAUUUCCUAUUAUUCAGUGUAUAGUAUUAAAUUAUAAUUUGCUUGAAAC